ACGGCACCGCGCAAACAUGGAACCCGGAAUACCCGAAUUCUUUAAAAAUAAGACAGUUUUCCUAACUGGUGGUUCGGGAUUUUUGGGAAAAGUGGCCACUGAGAAACUCCUGAGGACAACGGAGGUAAAGCGGAUCUAUUCGCUGAUCAGGCCCAAGCGAGGAGUCUCUAUUGAAGGACGCACCUCAGCCUGGGAGAAGGACCCGAUUUUUGAAGUGCUCCUCCAGGCUCAGCCGAAGGCCUUGCAGCGGGUAACUCCCAUUGCAGGCGAUUGCCUGGAACCGGAUCUGGGCAUAAGCGAAAAGGAUCGAAAGCUCCUGGUUAACGAGGUACAGGUCGUUAUCCAUGGAGCUGCCACCGUACGCUUCGACGAGGCCAUGCAUUUGUCCCUGGCCAUCAAUGUCCGUGCCACCCGGCUGAUGCUUCAGCUGGCCAAGCAGAUGAGCCAGCUGGUGGCCUUUGUCCACAUUUCCACCGCCUACUCCAAUUGUGUGUUGACCGACAUCGAUGAGAGGUUCUAUCCGGAGAAUCUUAAAGAUGAUUCGGACACAAUCCUGGCCUUGAGUGAGCUCUUGAGUGAUGAGACACUGGACAGUAUGACCUCGACAUUGGUAGGAUCCUAUCCCAACACGUAUACCUACACCAAAGCCCUGGCAGAGGACGUGAUUCGUAGGGAAUCGGGUGACCUGCCCAUCUGCAUCUUCCGGCCCGCAAUCGUUAUGCCCACCUACAAGGAUCCCUUGCUUGGUUGGGCAGACAAUCUGUUUGGACCCCUGGCCCUAAUUUAUGGUGGAGCUCGCGGAAUAGUGAGAGUUGUUAUGGCGUAUAAUCAUGUCAAGAUCGCGGUUGUUCCCGCUGAUUAUUGCGCUAAUUUGACACUGGCCUGUGCCUGGGAAUUGGGUGUAAAAUCUAAGAAAGAGACUCCCCCUAUAUACACUCUCGCUCCCACAGAAACAAACCAUAUUACCUAUGGCUCCUUUAUCGAGUUACUGGUUGUGAAUCGAGACAAUACUCCACUGUCCCAUAUGAUUUGGUAUCCGUAUAUCCUCCUAGUUUCCCCCUAUUUGUUUCCGCUAGCCACAAUUUUCUAUCACAAAAUUCCGGGUUACUUUUUUGACACCCUACUACGUCUCACGGGCCGCAAGCCCAUCCUGACCAAGUUGUACCAAAAGGUGCACAAGAAUAUAGAAGUGGUACGCUUAUUUACCACCACCACCUUUAACUUUGGCAUGACCAACACCCAGCGACUGUUGAACACGUUAACCGAGCGGGAUCGAAGCUCUUAUGACUUUGAUAUGCAUCGUGUGGAUUGGAACGAGUAUCUCAGGCUCUGUAUAGAUGGCAUUCGACGAUAUAUUGCCAAGGACCCCAAGAAUCCAGAGUCUCUGGCCAAGGCUCUGAAGCUCAAGGAUCGUCUCAAAUACCUGCACUAUGCCCACGCACUAUCACUGGGAAUUGCCGUAAGCUAUGCCGUCUGGACUUUGGUUAAGCUUUUCAUUUGAAUUUCAGGAUAAAUUAAAAUAGGCAAUUAACUUAGACUGCCGCGGUGUGAUGUAAAUAAAUGUAAAUACUACUGAAAUUAAACAUUAUGCACAAGUAGCGAAAGUCAAAAUCAAGAAAGUGUAAAGUAAACAUCAACCGUAGCACGAUUGAUAUCAUA